AUGCUAAUAAUCAAAGCUAUUUUCACAGAAGGCGAAGUUGAAAAAAAUGUGGACGAUGAAAAUAAUGACUCUGUCAUAAAAAGAAAUAAUGAAGAUUUGACCGUUCGCCAAACUCCACCACCUCUCACAUACGAUUGUGGAAGUGAUUCGAACGACGGCGAUGACGAUGACAACGAAGAGGCUUUGAACACUCCACCACUUCGCACAACUCAAAAGAAUCUCAAAUCAAACUCAUCCAAUGGUGACGCUACUGGUAAAAUACGGGAGAAAGUGAGAAUGAAAGUACACAGAACAUAUCGGAUGCCAGCCAAAAGAUUGGAAAUUAAAAGAAAAGAUAAGAAGAAACCGAGGCAUGAUCCUAUUGAAAUUAUCCCAACAAAGUCUCCAAAUAAAAGGAUUCGCUACCGAGGUCCUCAUCGUAGGUUUAAUCCGUAUAACAAUAUCGACCUCAAUUGCUGGAAUCAAAAAUUAGAUCAAUCUAGGGAACAUAUCACGGAAAACUCAAGUUCGUCAGAAAAAAGAUCCAAUGAAAGAAUUUCAACACUGUACGACACAAACCAUGAUUUUAGAAAAGAGUUGAUUGAAAUGAAAAAGGAGAAAAUUCUCACUGAGAGAGCAAAACUCUCAGUUAUGCAAGAUAGACUAGCUAUUAGCCGAGAACAAUUGAAGUUGAACAAAAAUAUUUUAUUUUGUUUACAAAAAAUAUCUCAUAGUCUUGAUACCGGCUAUGGCAUGAACAACAAUACCUUGCAUGAAAGAAGAUAUCGCCUAAAUCGGGAGGAAAAUGAUAUUAACUCAUACUGGAUGAUGAGAAAUAUGAAGAAUUUGUGAAUUUUCAGAAUCUACCAACGUUCCAUUUGUAAAGUUAUUUUUGUUUUAAUUUAGUUUUUACGAUUUCAUUGAAACACGAACUAAGCCAUUAUGACGUUA